AUGUCGACAGCCUUUCCUCCCUCGCGUCAUCGGUCUCGGAUGGCGAGAGAGAGAUCGCGCGACGUCAACAACUCCAUGCUUUCGGUCGCGUCCUCCACAGGCUCCAAUCAUGGCACCGUUAGCACCGAUUCUACAAUAUCCACCGACUUUGAUCCCAUCCGGGACGAAGCUUGUAUGUCUACCCAACAAUUGAACACCAAUUACUCCCAAAAGCUUCCUGAGCUACGCGACACCGCAAAGAAAUACGGUCGUUGGCAACCACGAUCACAGCAAGAGUUCGUCAUCAAUACUUCUGCAAUUGGACGCGCAUUUCCAGACUUUUCCCACGCAGGAAGUUCGGAUGACACCUUCAAUGUCGAAGUUGGACGUGCUCCAACACGACAUCCAUCCAAUCCACGUGUUGAAUACUCAGGCUCGCCCUCAUCACCUAUUAUAACAAUGGGCAGCACCAAGAUCCUCCAUACGCCAAAGCGCACCAGUACAAACCAUUCAAUUCUCCAGGACGCGCUACGCAAUAGAUCCUUUAAAGAAACCGCUCAACAUAACAGCACCGAACAGAAGGAAAACAUCCCUCCCGCUUCACAAGGUUCAGCAAAAGCUUCUCCUUACAUAUCCCACGCCAGCCGUACAAUUAGCGGCGAACGCCGAAGUCUUGCAGAGUUACAUGCUCGUGUUGCCGAUGAAUCCGAUGGCUCAUUCAUUGGCCAAGAGCGACCUGUUACUAGCACUCUCCAACCUCCCAAGAACAGCCGCUUUGCUAAUGGACAGGCGCAAAACCUACAACGCGUCUCAGCCUCCCCGAAUGUCUCUUCCAAGAGGCAACCCUCCGAAGUUGUUGAUGAAGCUAUGGUUAGAGCAGCAUCAAACACACCUUCCAAGCCACAAGUCGGGCCACAGAAAAUCCCCCACUACACCACAAAUUCAGCUACCCCAAAUCCUACCCAGCAAUCAUUUCUACUGCCUGGCAUGCGAGCAGCUUCCGAUGUGGACUCGGGGACAUUCAACAAUGGAGUACCAGUUUUUGCCCAUGGCGGAAAGAUCCACAAUCGCCAUACAUCCAAAGCCACUCUACUCAACGCUUCGUUCGGCCCAGUCGAUGCAAUCGUAGUACCGGACGAGGAAGAAGAUAUCUAUGAGUUGAUUAACCUGCUCAAAGCCAGAAUUGCUCGUGUCGAAGCAGAAAAUGGAGAUCAGAAACAUAUCAUAAAUGACAUCACAAAGGACAACCACCAAUUAGCACUCGAGAGGAAGGAACUUCCGGAUUAUGUGCGCCCCGAUAGCGCUUUGGGAAUGGGUGAUAGUGGAAGUGAUCGCCACGGGGGGUCCCUUAGGGAGGUAUCAAGUAUGAAUUCCCACCAAAGUCCCUCAAACAGCGAUGUGCUUACAAAAAUUCCAGGACUCCAAGCGCGUAUCAUAUCAAUUCAAAAUCAACUCGAUGCUAGUGAGCAAAGAGUGUCUAAUCACGAUGUGAUUUUCAAAGCUAGCACUAUCGAACGAGACCAGGCAGUGAAACAACUAGCAGAGGCUUAUCUAGAAAACGAGCGGUUGCAGGAUGAGAAUGAUUCUUUGAGAAAGGAAAGAGGGGAUCUCCUCAGGGAGCUACAACAAAAGGAGCAACAGGAAGACGGGAGCGCCGUCAAGGAGUUAGAAGCAGCACAAAAUCAAAUCUCUUUGUUGAGAAUGAGAGGCGAGUCCCUUGAACAGCUAGAGUUCGAGAACAGGUCAUUGAGACGAAAGAACGAGGCUCUAGAGAAGGAGUUGGGCCAGUUUGAGGCCAAGAGCCAAGAGCAUGCGGAUACCUGGCAGAAGAAGGAAACCAAACUUCGCAAUAAAAUUCUGCGACAAGAAGAAGUCGUUACGAAAUUACAGGAGCUGACUCAAGAAAUCCACGAGAACACGCGAGAGAUCACCCUUGCAACUACUUCUAAGCACAACGGGCUCACCUCGCAUCAUAGAGCCGAAAGCAAGCCGAAAUACGGACGGAGAUCUUUGCACCUUGACUCAAUUCCCCAGGGUCCCGCCUCAAUGGUGAUGAAGCAGAAUGAAAAACGGAUGAAUGAGGUAGACGGUACCAACGCCGAUCUAGAUAUUACCAGCAGCCGCGGUCGAAAAGCCACUGAAGAUAGCUAUAAUGUCAAGCUAGGGGGUGUGAAUUACCGACCAGAUCCUCCUCAGUUGAAUGAUUUCGAUCAAGAAACGGGCAAUGCUCGUCAAGCCACAGCCCUGGGCACUCAUGAUGCAUCACUCGAUGUUGAUACUACUAACGGCACCACAAUCCACGACUAUAUUAGAAAUACACCUGGAGAUGACACUCUUGAGGGGUCUUCGUAUGCAAGUAUACUUGGCCAAGGCUUCAUGACAAACCUUCGCCAGCAUGUCCGGAAUUUACGUGACGUGAAAGAGCUGCAGCAGCGCCAAAGAGGUGCUACAACUCCUUCUAUACAUGAUGACACUGUCCAAUCCAACCAUCCCAUUCAAUCCUCCUACCCGCGUUCAACACAAGAGCUAGUUGGUAUCUUGAAAAAUACCAACACCCGAAAUCGGGAUGAAUUUACCGGUUGCUUGAGCGUCAGGAGCGCCGGUUCAAACGCCCUACAUGCAGAAGAUUUAACGGACUGCUUGAGUGUGAAGAGUGCCCAGAGCGGCAAGUCACGGAGUCAUCAUGAAAACUCCCAGGCAUCCACAUCUCACCGCCGCCACCAUUCAGAGACCUCCGUCCAUGCCCAUACCUACCGCCGCCAUCGUACUGAAAAGGACGAUAUGACGUCUGCUUUUAUCAUUCCCGACAUUGAAUUCGGUAGCCAGCAAAAUGGAAAGGAUCAUCCUCGGCUUACGCCAGAUGCACGUCGAGUCCUAGAUGGAUUAUGCCAACAUAAUGCCAGUAACUGCAUUCUCUGCCGCCAAGUUACAUCAUAUGGUGACAGUAACGCUACCAAUGGAACGAAACAAACUAUUCGUAUCGAUGUCCCAAUUCCCGUGUCGGAGCGAAUGCCGAUUCCAGCCCCAUACGAAGAUGAACCAACGAUUCGACCUUCUGUUCAGCCCGGCCUAGCCCUUGCAACGGUCAUCAAGGGACUCCAAGAUGAAAUUGCCCAUCUGAAAAUGAGGCAGUCAGAAGUCCAAGUGGCUUAUAACCAACAUGACUCGUCUUUGGGCCGGCGAGCGCGAAAGACGAUGAAGAAAACCCUUGAGGAACUCUUGAAGCAAAUUGACCACAAGUCUGAUCAAGUUUAUGCACUCUAUGACGUUCUCGAGGGUCAGAAGCAGAGUGGCCAAGAAAUGAGCGACGAGGAGGUGGAGAGGACACUUUCAAACAUCGGACUUAACCAUGAAGAUACAACUAAGGAGGGCGAAAAUGACCAGGACGAAACGCUACCCUGGGAGGGCAUCGAGGAUAACUAG